AUGAUCAGCAUUACCAAAAUCAUCGUCGUUGCCGUUGCGGCCUUUGGCUCAGUACAGGCGCUCCCUCAAGGCAUAGCGCCUUCCUCGACUAUCUCCCCACCAGCUGCUCCAGCACCCACAGACAAGCAGACCUACCUAUUCCGUGACCUCUUCACGGCUCCAACCGCCAUCAAGCGAUUCCAGCGCCUCCUGACUCAGGACGAAAAACUCCUCACUGGCGAAGACCUCAAGAAGCUUACUGUCUUCUCUUUCAAUAACGGCACCAACUCAACAGGCGGCGUGACCAAAGCUGCCAAUAUCGACAGCUUCCCCAUCCUCACAGGACUAGGCAUCAGCACGACUCUUGGCUUCCUCGCUCCCUGCGGCAUCAACACACCCCACGUGCACCCCCGCGCCACAGAGUUCCUCACCCUCGUCGAAGGUUCCAACCUCAAGUUCGGCUACGUGCUCGAGAACAACCUUGUCAAAGCCGGUCAGAACCCCGAGAUUGCCGGGGCACUGAACAAGUUUGAGGGUACGGUCUUCCCGCAGGGAUCGAUUCACUUCCAGUUCAACGACAACUGCGAGGCAGCUACGUUUGUGGCAGCCCUCAACAGCGAGGAUCCUGGUACUAGCCAGGUUGCGCAGAACUUCUUCGCUCUGAACUCCGGUGUGGUUAAUGCUACGCUUGGGUUCCCCAAGACGAUUGAUGGGAAGAACAUCGAGGAGUUCAGGAACGCCAUUCCCGCCAACCUAGCGCUGGAUGUGAAAGUUUGCAUGGCUAGAUGUAAGAAGGAGUGA